GUCUCGGUGGUGAUGUCGGCGCUCAGCGACUAUGAGGGAGCUGUGAACAUGUUCAACGCGAGCAUGCGGACAGUAGAGUUUCAAAUCUUGAUUGUGCUCGGAACUGACACGUUCAGUCGCUUUCAGUCAGUGCUCACCGUCUGGGACCGAAACAGGACUAAGAAUGCAAUCUUGGCCUACCGCAUCUCCCUUGCUUGGGGAGCCACGGCGGGCUAUGCCCGCGCCGUCCAGUAUCUGACAGCGGAGCUGAACAAAACAAGAUUCAAAGGCCCGUCUGGAGGUUCCAUAAUGGGUUGCAUUGCAAAGCUUGGGGACAUGGGAGUGAACCUCCCACCCCAAUUCAGGGCAGACGAGCUCGAGGCACUGCUCGAGACGUGGGACUCACGGGCUUGCCCCUACCAGCAGCUGGCUCAAGUCAGCCGCAUCGAGUCGCUGCAGCGGGGCAUAUACCAGGGAAGCGUGCUGGUGGAGGCGAGGCAAACCUCACAACAACAGAGGCUUUUUAUGCCAACAGUCGCAGCCUGGCAUGCGGCCUCCUGGUUCGAGAACUCGUUUAACCCAAUAGAGUCCUUUCCUAGGGUCGCCAAGCUUCAGCACAUGAUGGGCGAAGCGUAUCGGGCCAAGUGCAAGGCGAUUGAAAGCGACAACGUAACACACAUGAAGCAAGCUGCGUCGUAUUUCACGGAGGUUACAGGCGCUCUUGGUGCUAUGCUAGCUAUUGUGAAAGGGCAUGAGAAGCUUCCACAGGCUCUCAAAACAAGCUGUGGAAGCUUCCUGGAUAUAGGCUUUAACGACUCACUGGCACAGGAUCCCGCCCUUGCAACAGCAAACAAGCACGAGGCACAACAAAAGCUCGAAAGUUUUCUGCGGGAAGCUCGAGAGCUGGGCAUCAAUCACUGCGGCACGUCGCCUUUCCUGGUCAUCAUGGCUCCCGCCAACUGCAUGGCCCUUGACUUUGUCAUCUUCCGCCGGGAAAAUGGAAGUUUAGUCGCCGUCCAAGUCAAGUCCAACACUCUGCUCAACCAAAAGGAUGUCGAAGAGCAGUCGAAGAAGCUGCACAAAGCAGCAGAAACGGUGAGGCAACGGAACGUGGAGUUUUUGGCGGUGCUUGGCUCCAAUUUUCCCAAAGGCUUCAUCGACGACCUAUUUUCGUUGCAGCAAGAAGACUUGGUGGCCCUCAUCCCACCCUUCCUGCGCCAUCUCUCAGGUCUUGCUGCUGGAGUACCAGGCCCUGACAGCGCCGAGUGA